GACGCUGUCCCCCUCUGCUGCUGCUCAUUCGAAGUGAACUACUGGUUUAGAGCUGAGCGACUUUCUGACUGAACGUGCGCCUCCCACGAUCCCUUGCAGAGUUGUGUCUGUCUUUCCUUCUACUCCGUUUUAUUGGACUAAGUCGGUGUGUGGAGACGUGAAGAUCAUGUUGAGAUUGCACGGCUCUGGGAAAGCAUCCGCUCGCUCACUCCUGACAAUCAGACAGUUUUAAAUCUCCUUCCGUACCAGCUCCCCACGACCCGCCACCAAACAAGAAAUUCAUUUUGCAUCGGUUGUAGGCGAAGCUGCGAACGGAAGCUGAAUAUACGGUGGAAUCUUGCUUUAAGCUCAGCUCGUUCCUUCAGACUUGUGACGACGAGAAAUCGCUGGGCUUGCCCCCUCCUUUGAGCAUGAUUUUGGAAUACAGGACGGGACUUAUUUUUUACUUGUUUUGGAUACAAUAUUCUCAUGGGAUGCCUCAUGUCAUUCGUAUCGGAGGGAUCUUUGAAUUAGUGGAAGGUGGAACAGUGGGAGCAGAAGAGUUGGCCUUCAAAUUUGCUGUCAAUAACAUCAACAGGAACAGGACACUUCUUCCUAAUACCACCCUGACAUACGACAUUCAAAGAAUAAAUAUCUACGAUAGCUUUGAAGCAUCCAGAAAAGCCUGUGAUCAGCUUUCAUUAGGAGUGGUUGCAAUAUUUGGACCUUCUCACAGCUCCUCAUCCAAUGCUGUCCAAUCUAUCUGCAAUGCGUUGGAGGUCCCACACAUCCAAAUCCGAUGGAAACACCAUCCUAUGGACAACAGAGACUCCUUCUAUACUAACUUUUAUCCUGAUUAUGCCUCUCUCAGCCAUGCAAUUCUGGAUCUUGUGCAGUUUUUGAAAUGGAGGACAGCAACUGUGGUUUAUGAUGAUAGCACUGGUCUCAUACGUCUGCAGGAGCUCAUAACAGCUCCCUCCAGGUACAAUAUCCGGCUAAAGAUUCGUCAACUUCCCAUUGAUUCAACUGAUGCCAGGCCUCUCUUGAAGGAGAUGAAGCGAGGCAGAGAGUUCCGCAUUAUUUUCGACUGCAGCUAUACAAUGGCUGCUCAGAUCCUGAAACAAGCAAUGAGUAUGGGGAUGAUGACCGAAUAUUACCACUACAUUUUUACAACGCUGGAUCUCUUCGCCCUUGACUUAGAUUCCUAUCGCUACUGUGGGGUAAACAUGACAGGAUUCCGAAUUUUAAAUACAGAAAACCCGCAUGUAGCUUCUAUCAUUGAAAAGUGGUCCAUGGAGCGACUCCAAGCAUCUCCGAGUGCGGAUUCUGGCCUACUUGAUGGAAUUAUGACGUUUUCACAUUUAUUUCAGACAGAUGCUGCUCUGACAUACGAUGCGGUUCAUAUUGUAUCAAUGUCCUAUCAGCGAGCACCUCAGAUGACUGUUAACUCUUUGCAAUGCCAUAGACACAAGCCCUGGAGAUUUGGAAGCCGCUUCAUGAACUUCAUAAAAGAGGCUCAAUGGGAAGGAUUAACAGGCCGAAUCGUAUUUAACAAAAGCACUGGACUGCGGACUGAUUUUGAUUUGGAUGUUAUCAGUCUUAAGGAAGGAGGCCUUGAAAAGGUUGGGACUUGGGACACAAUGAAUGGUUUAAAUGUCACAGAGAUUUCGAGGGGAAGAGUAUCCAACAUAACAGACUCUUUGACAAAUCGGUCGCUGAUUGUGACAACAGUACUGGAGGAACCAUAUGUCAUGUUUAAGAAGUCUGACAAGCCACUCUCUGGUAAUGACCGAUUUGAAGGAUACUGCAUUGAUCUGCUGAAGGAAUUAGCCAGUAUCUUGGGCUUUGUUUAUGAUAUUCAGCUGACAAAAGAUGGAAAAUAUGGAACUCCAGAUGACAAGGGGCAAUGGAAUGGCAUGGUGAAGGAGCUCAUUGAUCACAAAGCCGACCUUGCUGUUGCUCCAUUGACUAUCACCUACGCCCGUGAGAAGGUCAUUGAUUUUUCUAAACCCUUCAUGACAUUGGGGAUCAGUAUUUUGUACCGGAAAUCAAAUGGAACAAACGCUGGUGUCUUCUCCUUCCUGAAUCCUCUCUCUCCAGAUAUCUGGAUGUACAUCUUAUUGGCAUACCUCGGUGUGAGUUGUGUGCUAUUUGUGAUAGCCAGGUUCAGCCCCUAUGAAUGGUAUGAUGCCCACCCAUGUAACCCUGGAUCUGAUGUUGUGGAAAACAACUUCACCCUAUUGAAUAGCUUCUGGUUUGGAGUAGGAGCUCUCAUGCAACAAGGUUCUGAACUGAUGCCCAAAGCCCUUUCCACCAGGAUAAUUGGUGGCAUCUGGUGGUUUUUCACCCUCAUAAUUAUCUCAUCCUACACGGCGAACCUGGCUGCUUUCCUAACAGUUGAACGUAUGGAAUCCCCCAUAGAAUCAGCCGAUGACCUAGCAAAACAAACCAAAAUAGAGUAUGGGGCAGUUAAAGAUGGAGCCACCAUGACUUUUUUCAAGAAAUCAAAAAUUUCCACUUUUGAGAAGAUGUGGGCCUUUAUGAGCAGCAGGCAGCAAACUGCACUUGUCAAAUCUAACGAGGAAGGAAUCCAGCGAGUUCUUAGUGCCGAUUAUGCCUUCCUAAUGGAAUCUACCUCCAUUGAGUAUGUUACUCAGAGGAAUUGCAACCUGACCCAAAUCGGUGCACCCAUAGAUUCGAAAGGCUACGGUAUUGGAACACCCCUUGGCUCACCGUAUAAGGAAAAGAUAACCAUUGCUGUCCUGCAGCUUCAGGAGGACGGCAAACUGCACAUGAUAAAGGAGAAGUGGUGGAGAGGCAAUGGCUGCCCUGAGGAGGACAACAAAGAGGCCAGUGCCCUGGGGAUUCAAAACAUUGGCGGCAUCUUCAUUGUCUUAGCAGUGGGCCUUGUGCUCUCAGUGUUUGUGGCAAUAGGAGAGUUUAUUUAUAAAUUACGAAAAACUGCUGAACGUGAACAGAGAUCCUUAUGCAGCACCAUGGCCCAGGAGCUACGGUUAUCUCUCACAUGCCAGCGGCGGGUGAAACACAAGCCACAAGCACCGGUCAUGGUGAAAACAGAGGCGGUAAUUAACAUGCACACAUUCAAUGACCGACGACUGCCCGGGAAGGACAACAUGACCUGCAACACCGGGCUGACUCCGGUGUUUCCCUAGGAGUUGCGCAGCCUGUGCUGGGAGCAGAAAGAGGGCACGGCUCUAGCACUGGAAAAAAAAAAGCGAGAGGCUGGAGCUUUGUUUCAGGGACAGAGCCUGAGGGACGUCAGAGGUGUUUCGAUCGGAGCAAAAAAAAACCCCAGAAGCAUGGACAAUGCAAUAUGCAACGCAUGGAAAACAAAACAAAAAACAGCACAAGGCUGCAGGUAGUGUUUCUGAAACUUCAACAAGGACAAAUGCGGAACAUCAGACUCCAAACUCUCAAUGCGUGAGAAAUUUCAGUGCUGAUAGAUUUGAAGAAAUGGAUCUGGGCAGUGGGCAGCGAGACAAUCGAGGAAAGGAAGUAGCAAGAAUGCAAUUAUACGUUGGUGAGAACCUCCAGCAUGGCAAUAACGGCAUUCAUUCUGUUAGCUACAACGAUUGACUCAGACAGGGGGCAUCUACAGAUAUUGAUUUGGAGAAAACUGCACAGUGCGUUCAUUCAAGGAUGCAGCUGACCGUUUAACACACAGCAUGUAAAGUUGCUGUCUUGUCUCGGCAGCUGUUACAACUUUAUCGUUUACCUCAGUGCUAUGCUUUCCUUUCUGCCAUUGAAAGAGACUAACAGAGCUGGAAGUGAACGGUGCCUCCAGAGAACUGAGAUUGA